AUGAAGACGAUACACGCUGUGGCUGCCCUGACGGUGGCAGCGGCCUCGGCCGUUCAGGCCAUGAUCAGUUGCGACUCAAACAACCCCUGCCCUUCCAGCGCUCCAUGCUGCUCGUCCUACGGGUACUGCGGUGUUGGCGCAUACUGUCUGGGAGGAUGUUACCCCAAGGACUCUUUCAGCAUGGAUUCUUGUAUGCCUGCACCCAUCUGCAAGUCUUCCGACUACGACUUCAACAACAUGAAUGGCUUUAUUGAGAACACGGAAUACCUUGGAGACCCAUCCAGCGGCAACUGGGUCUUUUCUGGAGACCCGUUGAUGUACAACAACGAGGCUGUGCUGCUUACCAUGACCGAGGAUUCGUCAGGCACUCUCUUGAGCAGCACACGCUAUGUCUGGUACGGCAAGAUGAGCGCUACCAUGAAGACAAGUCGAGGCGCUGGUGUCGUUACUGCUUUCAUCAUGAUGAGUGACGUCAAGGACGAAAUCGACUUUGAGUUUAUUGGCACAGAUAAGAACCUUUCCGCGCCCAACACUGACUCACAAUGGCACACUUACACGAUCGAUUGGACCCCUGAUUCCCUCAGCUGGGAGGUCGAUGGCCAAGUUCUUCGCACUCUUAACCGCAACGAUACCUACAACGAGACUGCUGGCCAGUACCACUACCCUCAGACCCCCUCCAGAGUCCAAUUCAGUUUGUGGCCUGCUGGAAAGGCUGGCAACGCUCAAGGUACCAUCGAGUGGGCUGGAGGUGAGAUUGAUUGGAGCAGCCAGUACAUGCAGAACGGCUACUACUAUGCCAUGGUCAAGGAUGUCGUAAGUCUGAACUCCCUCCGUGGUCGUUGUUACAACAACCAAGGCAACAAGGCCUACUGGUACGAGAACAAGUACGGGACCAACGACACCGUCGUUGUUGGCAACAACGGUACCAUUUUGUCCUCUUUCCUUGCUACUGGUGAGGAGCCCAAGAAGGGUGCCAGUUCUAGCUCGACUUCUACUGCUACCAAGAGUGGCAACAAGUCCUCGGCUUCAUCCUCUGCGACCGCUGAACCCGAGACCAUUCCUGGUGUUUCUGGUGGUGGUUCGCGCGAGUCUGGCAGUGAUGUCGCCAGCGACAGUUCAUCUUCUGGCAGCAGCGGUUCGUCAGGCUCUUCUGGCUCAUCGGGCUCUUCGGACUCGAGCUCCUCCUCAGGAAGUGGAUCCACCGGAUUCUCGCAAGGUCUUGAGACCGGUAGUGGCACCAACGAUGGCAACAGAGUUGUUGCAGGCAGCCUUGUUGCGCUUGUGGCCUUCUUUGCUGCUGCAAUGAUGCUGUAA